GUGGUGAGGCUUGGAACCGUCAAUCCGAUUGUGCACUUAUCACCAUGGUUGAGACCCGUAGUGGGACGAGCACUAGCCCCUACACCCAAGAGCAACAGGAGAAGAUGGCCGCCUUAGAGAGAGAGAACAAAGAGAGGAAAAAGCUCAUGAAACAGGCGAAGUUAAAGGCAAUCGCAGAGGAGCAGGCGACGAAGAUGAAGGAAUUGGAGAAGAAGAAGAGGGCUGCUGAAGAAGAAGCGGCAGCAGAGGAAGAGGAGGAGAGAAAAUGUAGACACGAAAAGGCGGAGAGUAGUGGUAUGAAGGAGGAGGAAGCAAAGAUGGAGAAGAAGACUAGCGUGGCAAAAGAGUUGAAGGAGAGGAUGCCAGCCUGGGCCAAAAUGAAGAAGGAGUGUAAGGGACAACUGAUCUUGGUAGAUGUAGAAGUGUUUAGAAGAAGAGUAGGGUCCCUUAUAGACUCAGGGGCUACCCGUAGUUACAUUAGUCGUAGAGCGCUGAGGAAGCUAAGGCUAGGAUUGAAAGUCCAAAAGUUGGCAAACCCCAUAGUCAGUGUCCUCGCAGACAACCGCACGAUGCGUGUUGAGGACUACGUAGAGGGAGUUCAGGCGUACUUUCGCCUAGAGAAAGAUGGGAAGGUGGAGAAAGUUCUCCAUUCCCUGACUCUCCUCGUUCAGGAUGACCUCCCUUUCGGCAUAGUGUUAGGAAUGGAUUGGGGAGAGGCAGCAGGGGCCACACUCCACUUGAGAGAGCAUGAGUGUCGGCUCCCUAGUCCGUCAGGCGAGGUUAAGACUGCCCGCCUGUUUCAUGUGUCAGGUGUAGACAACACCUUGGCACAUUGCUAUCUCAGUGCUCCCGCAUUCGCGCGACGAGUGAAAAAGAAACAUUUAGAGAAUCAAGUCUUCGUAGUGUAUGUGAGGCCUGUCACUGAGGCAAAGGAAGAGGUAAGUUCCGCAGAUCCAACUAUUGCCAAGCUGCAGGAGGAGUUCAGAGAUUUGACCGAGUCGGCGACAGGAGUAGUGCCGCGACCGAUCCAACACAUAAUAGAAAUCGAGCCUGGCGGUAGAACUCCUAAGGGAGCAGUCUACAGGAUGUCCCCUAGAGAGUUAGAGGAGCUACGUAUGCAGUUGGACAAGCUCCUGGAGAAAGGUUGGAUCAGGCCCAGUUCAGCUUGGUUAGACAAGUUUGUAGUAGUUUAUCUAGAUGAUAUCGUAGUUUUCAGCAGGACCCUCCAAGAGCAUCAGGGUCAUUUGAGGCAAGUCUUGGAGAAGCUGAGAGAAGCUAACUUCAAGAUUAACGCGAAGAAGUGUGAGUGGGCCAAGACACAAGUCCUGUACUUGGGCCACAUAUUAGACGGAGAUGGCAUUAAGCCAGAGGACAAUAAGAUAGCGGCUAUUAGAGACUGGCCGACGCCCCGCACGUUGACUGAAUUGCGGUCGUUCCUAGGCCUAACUAACUAUUAUAGGAAGUUCGUGAGAAACUUCUCCACUAUCGCCGCUCCCUUGCAUAGGUUCCUAAAGAAAGAGGCAAUCUGGCAAUGGGACGAAGAUUGUACGUUUGCGCUAAAGAGACUCAAGCGCGCGUUAAUAGAGUACCCUGUCCUCAAAGUAGCUGAUCCGUCUUUGCCAUUUGUUGUCACCACGGACGCGAGUCGGUAUGGUAUAGGCGCCGUGUUGCAGCGAGACGACGACAAUGGCUAUAGACCCGCAGAGUUCAUGUCAGCGAGGAUGCCCUCAGAAAAGGUUGCUACCUCGACGUACGAGAGAGAACUCUACGCUCUCAUGCAGACCUUAGAGCACUGGAAACAUUAUCUGCUUGGGAGGCACUUCAAAGUAUAUUCUGACCAUGAGACACUUAGAUGGUUAAAGACCCAGGUCAAAAUGACACCUAAGUUGACUAGGUGGGCUGCUGAGAUAGACCAGUAUGACUUUGAGCUCAAACCGGUCAAAGGCAAGUGCAACGUAGUUGUGGAUGCUCUGAGUAGGAGAUCAGACUACUUUGGAGCUAUAGUACACUAUCUGGAUAUAGGGAAGGACCUGCAGGAGAAAGUCCGACAGACCAACUUGGAGAUUCAGUCUCCAUUGACUUUAUGGAUGCCGGUGUCAAGAGUAGGCACGACAAGAGCCAAGUCAUGGUCGUAGUUGACAGAUUCAGUAAAUAUGCAGUUUUUGU